CAUAACUUAUAUUUCUUGCAACCCCAAAACACUCAUCUUCAAAGACCUGUUACAUCAUUCAAGAUUCAAGACCUUACAAAAUGGUAUAUUUGCAUAAUUUGUAUUGACAAAAGCUGAGAAUCAAGAUGAAGAUGAAAUCCUAUUCUUCAUUUUUCUUCAUGUUCCUCAUUGCAGCCUUUAGCAGCAUACAGGUAAGCUUAGCAGACUGUGAUAAUCUACAGGACACAUGCCCCACAUCAGAAAAAAAGACAGCAUUCAUCGAUGGCCUCUCCUGCAAUAACCCAGCUAACAAAUCUGCUCAUGAUUUCAAGACCAUGGAAUUAAGCAAAGCUGGUUCGAGAGACACGUUUGGUUCAUCAGUCAACAUUGUCACUGCUUCAAAGUUCCCUGGCCUCAACACUCUUGGGAUCUCAAUUGGUAGAACGGACAUUGAAGCGGAUGGAAUUGUGAACCUCCAUAAUCAUCCAAGAGCUAGCGAGAUGAUCUUUGUUAAUGGAGGUGUAUUAGAAGUUGGGUUUCUCGAUACACAAAAUAAGCUUUUUCAGAAGGCUUUGAAGGAAGGUGAUGUGUUUGUGCUCCCUAAGGGCUUAUUCCAUUACUUUCUAAAUCGUGGUGUAGAAGUUGCAACUGUGUUCUCUGUGUUUAAUAGCCAAAAUCCAGGGUUCCAAUCUCUUACACCCAAACCUUCCAUUUCUGAAUCAGUUGAGAAGAUAAAGAGGAAGCUUAUAUCACUUUCUGAAUUAGAGCUUGAUAGUGUAAAUGACUCGAGUUUGGCUGUGUCGGAGAUUAUUUACAGUUAGACGUCUCAGUGUUUUGUAUCAUGAUUUGAUUUGAUUUGGAAAUUUACUUUCACAACUUAGUUCUAUUUGCUGCAUAAUGUUACUAUUUACAUUGAAGGCAUGCUAUAUCAGUUGCUGGUAUUGUGGCUAUUGAUGAUAUGGAUUAUGAUAAUAAUAUUUGUAGUUUGAAA